GGUCGUUUACCUGUUUUAAAGUUGGGAUGCGGUCUUUUCGAAAAUAUAAAAGCAAGGCGCUUUAUAUAGCUGCCUGACAUUUCGUUAUAAUUCGCCAUGGUGUUAAGUGUAGUAAUUUUUUUUGUAAUUUUAAUCAAUGUACAAUUUUCUUCAUCCCUAGAGGACCAUCUAUUCUCUGAUGUUACUCAAUCAUUAAGUGCUCAUGACUAUAAAGUCCUUCAAGAUUGUCAUAAUGACGAUUACCGGACAUAUUUGCGAUGUUUGAAGAGACAUAAACGACAUUAUGAAAUUUCUGGUUCAAGUAAAAGUUGUCUAGAUGAUUGCAUUGUGGCAAAUUGUACAUCAUCAAAAUGCGUACAUGAUUGUUAUACGCGUUGUAAGAAAAAAAUAACUGAAACAUAUUCCAAAGUCACAGAAACAGAAUAUGAAUGCUCUGGAGGAAAAUGUAAUGAAGUCCUGGAAAAUUCUAAAAUCCCAAAUAUCACCACUAAUCUUAAUAUUACAAUUGGACUUCUUAAUUCAACAAACUGUGAUAAUAAUAAUAAUACAAAAUCAACUGGAACUUCUGGAUCUGAAAAUAAUGAUGACUCUCAUGAUGAUUCCAAAAUUACUAUAAAUAAUAUUAUUACAAAUCAACCUGGAUCCGAAAAUUCCAACUGUCGAUGCCCCGGAUGUAACUGUUUUCCUUGGUCUGUGCUACCGCAAAUUACAAUUGGAUUUGGUCCAGGACCAACUGGAGUUGGAUGCUGCUAUCCGCAACCGUGCACUUGCUAUCAACCUUCUCCACCGAAAAUUGAUUGUGGAUACUGUGACAUGCCUCUUUUUCGUUACAAAUGUGACUCCAGCUGCUUUAACUCCAAUGGAUCUAGUCUUCAGUCUAUAAAGUGAGUUCGAGUUUCAUUCCACUUACUUUUCUCAAUAUAUGGUAUGAGCAGUGUGCAACUUUCAUAGUCUCUCUUUCUCAAUUCAAGGUCUCUUUGAAGUGUAUAUUAUAAGAAAACCCACAUAUGAACAGG